UGCCGUAACUGAAGAAUGUACUGGAGUGUAGUGAAAAGAGACGGGAUGGUUCGAGUGACGCCAGUAAUGCACCUUCACGGGUGGCGGCCACGGUCUCACGGACAAAACCGGCUCCUGUGGGUCAUCAAAUCCCAUGCUUCCUUUCGAGGCGCUUGUACUCCUCUCCCGGACUCCCGCAGAGAGAGCGUGCUGUGGCCUGUGGCGCCUCGCCUCACACCUCACGCCCGGAACAGAGGCACCCGACACCUUCCGCUUCAAGCCUCCUCCAAUUCAGCAGCCGCCGCCUGCGCCCUCUCCCUGCCGCGCGAGCUCAAAAGCAGAGCCGCACGCAAGAAGCGCCCAAAGCCGCCGCCACAGGCUGCAGAUUACUACAAGCUAGAAAGAGCCCAAGCACAAGCCGGAUACGGGGAGGAUCGGAGAAUGGCUGCGGAGACCAUGCAAUGCAGGGUGAAUGGUGGGGGUGGGGAGGGCGGUGGUGGCAUGAGGACGGUGGAGUGCCUCAGGGGCAGGCUGCUCGCAGAGAGGGUGGCAUCCAAGGCUGCCAAGGAGGAGGCCGACCAACUAGCCAAAAGGCUGGACGAGCUGGAGAAGCAGCUCGCCGACGAGGUCAAGGUGAGGAACAAGGCAGAGAGGAGGCUCAGGAGGGCCAUCAAGAAGCUCGAGUCCCUCAAGAUUCUGGACGUGGAGCUCUCGGACGGCUCCAUCAGCUCGCUGUCCUCCAAUGGCCACUCCGCUCACCGGGCGCCGGAGGUGGGGGAGAGGAACAGUCCUGGAUCGUUGACCACCGAUGAUUCUGCUCCAUCCGGUACCCAAGGAGGUGGCGAUGCCGACGCCGACAGCGCCAAGGGCUCCUCCGCCGGUUCCUGUACUCAAGGGAACUUCUCCCAGGACGGGAGCUGGUGCUCCGUUGUGUCCGAGCAAUCCCCGGCUGGUGCUUGCAUGGAUCUUGCCGGCACAAACAAUAGCAGCAGCUCUGAGGAGAGUGCCGGUGAUCAUGAUUCAGAGAGGCAACACCUUGAUGCAUCCAGCGGCUGUAGCUCCGCAAAAUCCGAAGAAUCAUUCCACGACAGCGACGACAGGCUAGCGCUUGUGCUGGUAGACCCCCAGCUCGUCGCGCAAGCGGACGGUGGCUCGAGAACGGAAGCCAACGACACGCAAGCAGCAGAGCUCCACCCCGUGUCCCACGAGGAAGCACAACAGGAAGAAGAGAACAACAGGCUUGCCAUCGUUCUAGCCGACCACCAGCCUCAGCCGGCCGCCGCGGAACCGAAGCCGCACGCCGACGUGGAGUCCGUGCUCCUGGCGCUGCGGCGGGUGAAGGAGCAGCUGCGCUACACGAUCGAGCGGCGGUCGGAGCUCGUCGUUGCCCACCGGGAGCUCUACGGCCACUGAAGCCACCGGGAGCCGCUCAGACGCUCAGUAUCGGAUCUGCAUCAGUGUCUAUUCAUAAUGAUGUUUAUUAGGGUGCAAUAUCUGUUCCUAGUUCCUUUUCACCUGCAGUGAUUUAUACAUAGCGCUGUUUAGGGAGUAUCUGUAGAGAACGGAAUAAGAUUGGCUCAUGUGGAGCCACAUCUAUUUUUACAAAGGAUGAUUUCUUGGUAGUUUAUAUGCUCCUGUUUCUUCGGUU